AACAGCUUUGUAUCUCUUUUCGCCCGCAAGCACAAAGGGAACAAGAUCCCCCCCAUCUUGGUCUCCCAUUCGUUUUUAUAUACAAAAUAAUGACCGCCGUGGGAACCGCUCAAGCUGCUGCAGAGAGACACGACAAGGAAUACUCUUUCAUCGAAGCCCUUGCUCUAGGUCCCCGCGAGUCCUUCUCCCUCGUAUCAAAGGAAGCUCUUGGCCUGCCCUCGUCUCCGAGCAGUCCUGUCCUCGCCGUCGCCCCAUCAAUCACAACCGUUGCUCCAUCUAUCGCACAGGUCACAACCGUCACACGACCUAGAACUCCUCCUCAGAAGAAGCAAGUCGUUCCUGUGUCUUCACAGGUCCACGUUGCUGCUAGUCCUAUCAAGAGCCCUACUGCGCCUGGCACAUCGCACUCCUCGCAGAAGAGAGCUCCCAGUGUUACCACUAACACUACCACCGCCGUCGCUACAGUUCCGAGAUCGCUUAACAGCAAAAAGAGUAGCGUCAUGGCCAACUCGACAAAGGCGCAGAGCGCCUGUCUGGAGCUAUGCCACAAGACCACGGCGCUCGGCGACCGUAUCUCGGUGCGCAUGCUCGAGUAUCUCACCAUGGUGACCAAGCAGCCCCACGGCCUUGACACGCUCGCCCACGACUUCCUCGACACAUGCGAAAUCCUCUUCUCCAUUGAAGCUGGUCUCGGUGAGUGCAUCCGCAACCAGCAGACGUUCCCCGGCGACGUCAUCUCAGAGCUGAGCAAGAAGUUCCGCGUGACGCAGGCGGAUUUCCAGCUGCUGGACCAGAUGCUGGGCAAGUUCCUCGAGAAUGAACGUAAAGGUGCCAUGGGCCGUAUGCGUCGUGGCUGGGGUCGCAUCUUUGGUGAUAAUGACAUCGAGAAGAUGAUCAGUGCCCUUGGACGCACGCGCGAGAGUCUGCGCAUGAGUGCGCUUAUGUUUCAGUGGAGUCUGGGUAAUGAGAAGAUUGAGAAUGAGCUUGGUAUCGGCUACACUGGCCUCGCUGCCGCUCUCGACCGCAUGGAUACCCGUGCUGGUAUGGCGCCUAGAUCGAAGCUCUCUGACCACGGUGGUUCGCAGUACAGACCUUCUUCUGCGUCGCAACAUCGUGGCGUGGAGGGACACAGCGCCAUGUCGAUGGGUUCUCAACCCCCAUUACCUCCCCUCCCCUGGACGGAGCGAUCGUCGUCUAUGCGCGAGGAUACCCUCGCUGCCUCACUGCACAACGAUGCUCGUUCAUUUACCGGUCAUCAUCACAACACUGCUAGUUCAAUCGCCUCCAAUGAGCGAUAUCACUCUGGUACCACCGCUACCUUUGACCGCAUGAGCACCUUUGACGAACACCACGAGACACGGUCGCAUCACACUGCCGUGUCAGAUAGUGAAGCCUCUCUCGAGGAGCUUUCGGGUCUUGAUCUCAACGGUGGCACAAAGGUCGUGCGACUCAAGGCCGAUCCCUUCAGCAUGCCCCGCUGGAACCCGAGAAACACCGUCGGCGCCGACGCAGCCAACCUCAAGUCCGCUCUCCUCACCGCCGUGCGCGGCAGGAACCACAAACUCAUCGAACAGCUGCUGGAUCGUGGUGUAUCUCCCAACACUGGUCCCGAGCAUCUCGCUCUUAAGGAAGCUGUUCUCAACAGCGACGCCGAGGCUGUUCGUCUUCUCCUCCUCUUCGGUGCUGAUCCCAACGGCACUGAUCGCGAUGGUGUAACACCGCUCUUUGCCUCCGUGGAGAAGUCUUUCCUCGCUGGUGCCGUUCCUCUCCUCAAGUACGGCGCUGAUCCUCGCUUCGCUAUGGGUGAGGAUAACGAGACUGCCCUUGCUGCUGCUUGUAUCGCCAACAAGGUCAACUUUGCUCACCUGCUUCUUAUUUAUGGCGGUGACCCUAAUCAGUUGACCGCUACGGGCGAGACGCUCCUCAGCAGCGCUAUCAACAAGAAGACGCCCAAGAAGUUCAUCGACCUCAUCCUCGACUACGGCGCUGAUCCCGAUCUGAAGAGUCGUGAGGGAAAGACCGCCUUGUUCGAGGCCAUUCAGAACUCGCGCGUCGAUAUCGUUAACAGUCUUCUCGACCACGGCGCAAACCCUAAUUUGCCUGGCCCCAAGCACAUGCUCUGGCCCGCUACCUACCAGAGCGCCUGUCUCCAAGUUCUCCUGUCCCACGGCGCAGACCCCAAGAAGGCACCCGGUAUCAUGGAGCUUGCCGUCAGUGUCAACAACAUCGAGUCAGUCAAGGUCCUCCUCAACGCAAAGGUCGACCCCAACCAGAAGAAGGACGGCGUCUACACGCCCCUCUGCACAUCCAUCCGCGACAACCGCCCUGACAUCUUCCACCUCCUCCUCGCCAACAAGGCAGACCCCAACGUCCCCGCCAGCGAGUAUCCCGCCUUCAAGUGUAUCACGCACAACCGUCUUCAAUUCCUCCCCCCUCUUGUCGACGCCGGCGUGAACCUCAGCUCUCCCAAGGGCAUUGUCGAGACUGCUGUCAGUGUUAACAACAUGGAGGCGCUCACAUGGCUGCUUGAGAAGGGAAUGAACCCUAACGACAAGAACCCCAAGGGUCACUCACCGUUGACGACUGCUAUUCGUGAGAACAGGGUCGAGAUGGUGGACUUUUUGCUCAGCAACGGUGCUGAUCCUAAUGUUCGCGGCCAAGACUGGCCCGUUUGCAUGGCUGUCCGCAACCCCCCUGUGCUCAAGCGCAUCCUCUCCGUGCUCGCUGAGCCCCGCGCCUUCAAGGGCGUCAUGGAAAUGGCCGUCGUUGCCAACCAGCUCGAGUCCGUUAAGCUCCUCCUCGCAGCCGGCGUGUCAGUCGAGGACAAGAACGGCGGUGUUUUCUCGCCUCUCACAUCCGCCAUCCGCGAGGACCGCAAGGACAUCGUGUGGUUCCUCAUCAACGAGGGCGGCGCCGACAUUAACGCCCCCGGCGAGCAUCUCCCCGUCGUCAAGGCCCUGCGCCGGUACCGCGGAGACUCUGAGAUUCUCGAGUUUCUGCUCGAGCACGGCGCUGAUCCUAACAAGGUGUACCGUGGAUGGAACGGUGUCAUGCAGGCUGUUGAGAACGGCGAUGAGCAGAUCCUUCGUCUUCUGGGUGAGAAGGCUGGGUUUGAUCUCGAUGUUAAGGAUGAGCUUGAUCGAAGUGUCACUGAGAUUGCUGCUUCGCGAGGCUGGGAUGAGGCAGUUCAGAUUCUGAAGGAGUAUGCCAUGGUAAAAUCUGUUUAAUUUACGGGGUCCGUGUAAGAUGAUGAAUGCUUGGGACUGGGAUGGGGUUGGAGUCUGCGAGAUUGCUUUAUGGGAAUUGGACUGGACUGGAUUGGAUGGUUUGCCUGGUCUUGUGUCCUUUUUAUAUAUAUCCUCUUUGUUUACCUUGGGCAUUUUCUUUUUUUUCUUCGUUUUGUUCAUAUCCCACUGGUAUAGUAAUACCAUGUAUCCACUUACAUUUUCUUUGUCAAUCUAUUUGUCGACGAUAAUACAGAUGAGUUUUGAAG